AUGUUCACUCUUCCCGAGGUUGCUACCAGGCUGAGCAAAAAUGUUGAGCUUUUGGUGGAUGAGAUUGACAAGACGGGGUCCCAACCAAACUGUGGGGACCCGACUCUGCUUGGCCCCAAAGGGCUCGCAGCCCGAGACGAGAUCAUCCUCGCCGCUGAAAAGCUUCUCCAGCAAGGUCGGGGCCCUGGUCUGUCAUUGCUGAGUCUGCUGGAAUCGGCAGUCGACGUCGGCACAAUCCAGACUUUGAUCCGGCUUGGAGUCCCAGAUCAGGUUCCAUCCAGCGGAUCCAUUACAUGCGAUGCACUGGUCAAGAAACUGAAAACGCCCGUGGCGCCGGAAUUGCUCCAGCGUCUGAUUCGCUUCACCCGAUUAGCUGGGUUCCUCGAUGAAGAUGAAGAGGGUGCCGUGAAACACAGCCCCAUGUCCGCCAUCUUCGUGAGUGACCCAGACAGUGCCGGUCAGGCUCGCUUCAUGGCGGACUUUGGCAUUCGGCCCUGCUCGUUCCUAUACGAGUCCAUCAAACUGGACCCGAGCGGCGAAGUGCCGCGCCUGGGUCCAUUGGCCCUGAUGGCCAGGGAGCCUGGGGCUCGCGGGGGCCCGACGUUCUUCGAGGUCUUGGAGAAAGACCCGGUGAAUCGAAAUCGAUGGCAUGAUGGGAUGGCUGUUCAUAAUGACUCGAUGGUACGCCACGUUGCGGAUGCCUAUGACUGGGACGCGUUGCAAUCGUUGGUCGACAUCGGAGGAUCGGAAGGUCACGUUGCCGCAGUCAUUGCAAACGCCUUUCCUCACAUCCAAAUCACCGUCCAAGACCGGCCCGAAAUCAUCGAGAAGGCUCGCCAACGGGUAGAUCAGCACCGAAACAUCACCUUCGAGGAGCACGACUUUUUCACGCCCCAGCCACGCAUCGCAGAUGCUUACUUGCUUCGUCUCAUUCUCCACGACUGGAACGAUGCGGAUUGCACUCGCAUCGUCCGGCAGAUCUCCUCCGCUCUACGGCCCGGUGCCCGGCUGCUCAUUAUGGACGCCGUCUUGCCGGAGCCGGGCGAAGGCUCUCUGCAGAGUGAGCGGCAGUUGCGUCGGAGUGAUAUCGGGAUGUACACGCUCUUCUCCGCUAAGGAGAGAAGUCUGGUUCAGAUGCGCCGCCUGGUGGAAGAUUGUGACAGUCGGCUACGGUUUGAGAAAUUGUAUACUCCGCCUGGGAGCCAUGCUAGUAUGUUGAGUUGGAUCUGCGAGUAA